GUGCAAUCACUUCCUCCAUCUUCCCCAUUCGAAGCUCAGAGCUUACCUUCCAUGGCCGCUGCCGUAGCCUCAUCACUAGCCCUGUCAGCCUUCACCCUCAGAGGAGGCGCCGAUCCCUCGAAACCCAAAUUCCUCAACCUUUGCUCAAAGCCCACAAAUUUGGCUUUGACCGUUGCACCCCAAUCUCACAGUUGUCGGCGCAACUCUUUGAGAAUAUUGGCCUCUGUUUCCGUCUCCGAUCCUGGAGUUCGUACCGGUCCCGAAGAGCUCUCUGCGUCUAUUCUUUCCAAGGUGACGAAUUCGGAUAGAGGAGUUCUGCUGAAAGAGGAACAACAAAAAGAGGUAGCUAAGGAGGCUGAAGAAUUGCAGAACUACUGUGUUAGCGAACCAGUGAAAUGCCCUCUCAUUUUCGGAGACUGGGAUGUGGUGUACUGCUCAGUGCCAACAUCACCCGGGGGUGGCUACAGAAGUACGUUGGGGCGCCUUUUUUUUAAAACAAAGGAGAUGAUUCAAGUUAUUGAAGCUCCUGACAUUGUCAAGAACAAAGUCUCCUUCUCCGUUUUCGGGUUCCUGGAUGGAGAGGUCUCUUUAACAGGAAAGUUGAAGGCUCUGGAUGAUAAGUGGAUCCAAGUUAUAUUUGAGCCCCCAGAACUCAAGGUUGGAGCCUUGGAUUUCAGGUACGGCGGUGAAAGCGAGGUUAAACUCCAGAUUACAUACAUAGAUGACAAGGUCAGGUUGGGGAAGGGCUCUAGAGGCUCUCUAUUUGUUUUCCAGAGACGCGGUAGUUCCACCUAAAAAGACUAUCGGUAGGCAAGAACCGUCCUCCCUGUAAAACGUAAUGCUUCAGCGCUGUGCAUCUCAUCAUCUUAACUUUCUAAGAUUAUCAUGUUACAAGUGUUCAUAGUUUUUAUCUUUGUGUGAUGUUUUAACUCUGUUGAACAUAAGGUCUAAUGAUCUAUUAGGUUUACAUAGUUACAUUCGUGAA